AUGGCUGAUCGAGUGCAGGAGUCCCACCAGGAGAAGUUGAUAACGGUGUCCGGCGACGGGGGGACGAUCCACAGCCCGGAGUUCCCGCUCACUUACCCCAGAAAUAUCGAGUUGGCGUGGAGGCUGGUGGCGGCGAGCGACAUGAGGAUUCAGCUCAGCUUCGACCACAGAUUUGGCCUGGAAGACCCAGAGGACGGAAUAUGCAAGUACGACUUUGUGGAGCUGGAGGAUCCGAGUGACAAGACGCUCCUGGGCCGCUGGUGCGGGUCACAGUCGCCUCCCGGGGGUCACCUCUCCAAAGGCAACCAGGUCCGCAUCCGCUUCAUCUCCGAUGAAUAUUUCCCGUCUGAGCCGGGCUUCCUCAUCCGCUACUCCAUCCAGCCUGUGGUUCCAGAAGCGCCAGCUGUGCCGCCGCCUUCCCAGCAGGACAUCCAGGACCUGUCUGCUGCCGUGUCGGGUCUGAGGACUGUGGAGGAGGUGAUGAAGUACUUGGAACCGGAGCGCUGGCAGCUGGACAUGGAGGACUUGUACAAACCAACGUGGCACGUGCUCGGGAAGUCCUUCAUCCACAACAAGAAGGCCAGAGGAGGGGUGGACCUCAACCUGCUGCGGGAGGAAGCUCAGCUCUACAGCUGCACGCCCAGGAACUUCUCUGUGUCCUUGCGCGAGGAGCUGAGGAGGACCGACGCCAUCUUCUGGCCCAGCUGCCUCCUGGUGAGGCGCUGUGGCGGAAACUGUGCCUGUUGCUCGCACCGCUGCUACGACUGUCAGUGUGUGCCUGCCAGGACCACCAAGAAAUACCACCAGGUUCUGCUGCUGAAGCACAGAAGUGGAGGUCGAGGCCUUCAGAAGUCCAUGACUGACGUGACCUUGGAGCACCACGAGGAGUGCGCCUGCGUGUGCAAAGACGACGUCGGACACGUUUAGCCGUCGCGCCGACGGGGCGAAUCGUGCUCAACCUCGACAAAGACCGGAAGACGAAAAAUUGACUUUCUGUCGUCAACAAUAACAGAUCUUUUUUUUUGUUUUCAUCGCUAAUGAUACCAAAUGGUUGCGUGUAAAUAUUCACUUUCCCUGUUUUCUACCAAAGACACCUUGUUUCUACUAUUUAUUGGUAUUUACUCUGCAGACCUGACACAUUAUUAUGACACACGUCAUGUGUUUGUACAGUAAGACUCCAUUUUCUCUUUCUUCUUGUUUUUUUUUUUAAUUUCAUCUUCACUUAUUUAUCUCGGAUUCCCUGCAGCAACUCUUCGUGUAUUU